UUUUACUGCAAGGUCUGAUAAUGCAUUUGUAUAAUAAUUAUGUAAAAAAAAUUCUGUUUGAUAACUAAUGACUACAGUUAACAAAUCUUGGUAUUUCUUUGUUAUUCAUUGCUUAUGAUUAUUUUCUUAUUUCUAGGUCAAAGGGUCAUGGGUUCAAGCAGCUUUUAUGAAUUUUGGAAGAAACUCUGCCUUUUCAUCAUAACAGCCAGACCAAUGACUGAUUUAUGUUGGACUUGCCAGAACAACAACAACCUGAUCUUCAGGAGUGCCAAUCUGACUGACGCUAACAAGAGUGAGAGAGUCCGACUGCAGGAACAGCACCUCUGCAUUGUCCAGAAGGAACGAUCGUUGUACAACACCAUGGUGCACAAUGCAAGACAGACAUGUAUAGACAACGCCAUAACUGAACUUUCUCUAAAUGCUCCCUGCAGUCGCAACCUUUCUAUGCAUUACAGCUUCGAUUAUGCCCAGCAAGUUCACUUGCCAAGUAACCCUUUACAGCCAGUCCCAAUUUAUUUCCUUGUUCCAAGGAAAUAUGGAUUGUUUGGUGUCUGCUGUGAGGGGCUUCCUCGACAAGUGAACUUCCUGAUCGAUGAAGCCCACCUCAUCAGUAAAGGGUCCAAUGCGGUUGUGUCCUUCUUGCACUACUUCUUCAGCAAUUAUGGCAUUGGAGAAACUGAUGUUCAUCUCCACUGCGAUAAUUGCUCUGGACAAAACAAAAAUAGUUUUGUUAUUUGGUACUGUGCUCGGAGAGUGGCAAUGGGUUUUCAUAAAUCCAUCACUGUCAACUUUCUAAUAGCAGGACACACCAAAUUUGCCCCUGACUGGUGUUUUGGGCUUCUGAAGAAGGCAUUUAAGCGCCAUGUGGUGCCUGCUCUUAGUGUAUUGGAGGAAGUGGUGAAUGGGAGUGCAGCAGUUAACAUUGCUCAGGUGACUGGAAAAGAAGAUGGCACAACAGUUGUCCCCGUCUGUGACUGGCAAGCCUUCUCAAAGGACUCUUGCAAACCUGUUCCUCGUUUAAAGAAAUACCAACAUCUCAGGGAUGGUGUGUUUGCAGAGAAGGACACCGAAGGAGAAGAAGUUCCCUUUCCAGUUCUGAUGGCUGAUACGACAUUCCCAGAUGGAGAGGCCACAUGGAUCAAACCUCCAGGCCUGCCCCUCCAGAGACAGCAGUAUCUCUACAAAUCAAUCAGGGAAUUUGUAGACGAUCCUUUCAAAGACAUUGUGUGCCCAAGACCAGAUGAGAUGCUGCCUGCAAAUUCUGACGAAGAACUAAAUGAGACUGAGAAUGUGGGAAAUCGAGGUGCACGCGGUCGCGGUCGUCCACGCGGGCGUGGCCGUCCACGCGGGCGUGGCCAUGGUCGUCCACGUGGCCGUGGUCGUGGGGGUGCACGCUGA